GAAAAAAACAUCUUCAGCAACAACAAAACAGCAUUCGUUACAUCUCCUAAAUCAAAAGUGCGCUCUCACAAAAACGUGAAAAACCCAAACUCUUCGUCGCUGCCGCUUUUUUCUUCAUCGUUGUUCGUCGCUUGUGGAAAUGGCGGAUUCUCCUGUAAGAAGGCUUUCAAGGUCCCCUUCUCCAUGGAGGGGUCAAUCAAGAUCUAGGUCUAGGUCUCCGGCAAGGUCUCUUGAGAGGCACAGGCCCAGGUCUCGGUCUAUCGAAAUGCAAAGGCCUAGGUCUCGGUCAAGGUCUCUUGAAAUGCAAAGGCCUGGGUCUCAAUCAAGGCCUCUUGAUAUGCAGAGGCCUAGAUCUCGGUCAAGGUCUCUUGAAAAGCCGAGGCUUAGGUCUCGGUCAAGAUCUCCUGAUAUGCAAAGGCCUAGAUCUCCCUCGCGAGGUCGUGGAAGAUCAAGAUCAAGAAGUCCUCCUGAUAGGAAUGGUGGGGAUACACUCUAUGUGACUGGCCUAUCUUCAAGGGUCACUGAGAGAGACUUAGAGGAACAUUUCUCUAAGGAAGGAAAGGUUGCUUCAUGUUUCCUUGUGGUGGAGCCCCGUACACGUAUAUCUCGUGGUUUUGCGUUUGUUACUAUGGAUUCUGUUGAGGAUGCAAACCGCUGUAUCAAGUACCUGAAUCAAUCUGUUUUAGAGGGUCGCUAUAUCACUGUUGAGCGGUCAAAGAGAAAGCGGCCAAGAACUCCCACACCCGGGCACUAUCUUGGGCUGAAAAACACUAGAGAAAUUGGAUAUCGUGAUGAUCGUGGAGGUGGAGGAAGGUAUCGGGGUGGAUAUGGUCGUGAUGAUUAUCCAUAUCGCCGGUCUCCAAGGCACUCACCAUAUCGAGGUGGCAGGGAUUAUUCACCACCAAGGCACUCUCCCUAUGGUGGUGGAAGGUAUAGGAGGGAGAGGUCUAGGUCACCUUAUGCUCCAUAUGGCAGCCCAGAUAGGAGGUAUGCUCGGGGGCCUAGGUGAUAUCUUAGAAAAGUUUAUUUUGGUAUAUGUCUGAAGUUUGAAGAAGGAAGGUAAGAACUGUAUUUUGACUGUCAGAUUGUGCCUAUAUGUGAUGUAUGUGCGUUUUGAAGUGAUUUGCACUCUGCAGCUAUUAUUGAUGUAUCCUUAAUAGUCGUUUGUUGGUGACAUUGGAGUUAUGUUAUCACUAUAUAGUGAAACUUAUUAAGUUUUAGUAUAUUUUUCAACCUUUUCUAUUA